CCUACAGAGGCUCCUCUGCUGCGUGCGCGCGCGCGUGCGUGCGUUACGUGCACAGGCGUCUUCUCGUGACGCCAUCGCGCAGCAUUCGUCUGGACGUCACUGGUUACCGAAGCAACCAGAAACAAACGGAAAAGGCGAAAUGGCUGAGGUCGAAGACACUUUGAAGAGGAUUCAGGGCAUUAAUGGUGUUAUUGGCACAAUCGUCGUUAACGCCGAAGGCAUUCCCAUCAAAAGCACUCUAGACAACUCAACAACUGUGCAGUACACAGGACUGUUGCAUCAGCUGACUAUGAAAGCCCGGAGUACAGUCAGAGACAUCGACCCCCAGAACGACCUGAUGUUUCUGCGCAUCAGGUCCAAGAAACACGAGAUCAUGGUGUCGACAGAUAAAGAAUACCUGUUGAUCGUCAUCCAGAACCCAGCUGAAUAAUGUCACGAUGCUUUGUUUCACACAGACACAUGAACCAAAUGCUAUUCUUUAAAACAUGUAUAUUUAUCCGUAUAUGAAAUCAAACUUUUUUUUGAAAUGCAUCAAAAAGUUUGAUCAUUCAGUGUGACUGACUGCAUGUAAAGUCAUCAAUAAAUGAGUGAAUUGUU